AUGGCCUCAAAUACUAGCAAUAGCGCUAAUAAUUACCAACCCACCCCGCAAGAUGUCCUAUCAGUCAAAAAAUGUUUUCUCAAAGUGGUCCCAAUUGAACUAGUCGACCAGAUCAUCAGUUAUGCCGAGUAUUGGCCCCACAAUACCAUCGAGCUUGCGGAGGGGAUUAUAGCCCGAAAUAACGGGGAGGAACUGUGUUUACAGAGCCAGCCACUGCCGGGAAGAUUUAUUCCAGAGGGCGAGACAGAAGGGGUAGAUAUUGGUGGUGUUUGUGUGAGGACUCUCACACCGGCGAGGAAGGUGGUUUUCAGGAUUUUGAGCCAUGAUCAAGGAUGGAGCUCGAGUCCCAAUAAUUCUAGGGACAUCUACGAAGCAUCCUUUACCUGGUUCGAGGCGUUUGUGGAGCGUCCAGUCACUAUUUCAGCAGCUAGGGGAGCAACGCCACUGACAAACUCCAUCAACAUCAAGGACAGGGACGUAUUGUCCGCGCGUCAAUCCGAACUUGGGUGGAAAACUGUUCCUAUAUCUAAGGGAAAUACAGAAGAAACAUGCGAGAGAUGCCAUAUUCAAUGUAACGUUCGGGCUAGCUCCGAAACGAAGAUGCAUAAAGUUGUGUGGAGUUGGAAUGAUCGCCCCGGGUCACAGCUUGCGGGUGGUUCGGGAUAUGGAGGUGAUUUCGUCAGGAGCAUGAAGGCGGGAGACAGAGUAUCGGUUGUGGCGAGAGCUAUGUAUCCGGGUUGGGCGAAUCAUGUACAGAAGAUGGAGAUGGACAUUUAUUACGUUGUUUAG